AAUCAAAACUUUUGAUGAUAUUAUAUUAUCAUCUUUUCUAACUUAGGUUUGACAUUUCUUACUUGGGAAACAUUGUAAAGUAAUUCAUAAUUAUAGUUAUUUUAUUCAAAUAGAGGUAACAUCUAGUGGUUAAUAUUUAAUACCACCAUUGACCAUAAAUCAGAGUUCUAAGCUAAAUUUCACUGUCAUUUGAAAUCGAAUUGGAAACACAAAGACAAUUGAAGAAAGUGUUUUUAUAUCAAUGUGAUUUGUCAAAAAAACAAACAAUAAUAACUGUAGCAUAUUGACAGUAGUAUUAUGGCGGCAGUGAAAAAAAUUGACAACACUCACACAAGAAACCAAGAAAAACGAGAUGUGAUUAAUAAUGAACUCUCAUCUACAUCUAGCGAGGAAAACCAGAUAUCCGUGAAAGUUUAUAAAAAAAGGUAUAAAGACUCUACAUCAGACAACGAAAUGGACAGACGACUACAACGAAACCACUAUAAGUCUAUGGGGAACAUAAAUGAAGGGUUCAGGGAAGGAAAGGGAUUUAGGGGAGGGAAAAGAAGUAGCAUCAGUGUGAGUAAUGUGGAUUUGAGCCUGCACAGCGAGGAGAUUAAGAAAUUUGAUCGAUUGCAAAUACCAAUUGUUGGAUACGAAGUUAUGGAAGAACGCGCAAGAUUCACAAUAUACAAGUUAAAAGUGGAGGAUGACUCUCGGGACCAGUCAUGGCUUGUUUUUCGACGUUACACAGACUUUGUUCGCUUAUAUAACCGGAUACGUAGUGAACGACCGGAUAUCAUACUACCCCUACCAGGAAAACGUCUCUUUAGAGACAAUUUUGAGCCUGCGUUCCUCGAAGAGCGUGUACGCGGCCUACAAGCAUUUAUCAAUUCUGUCCUGAAUAAGCUACCAAACGACUCAACAGUACGUGAGUUUUUCUGCUUAGACGAACCACCUCAGGUGUUUACCUACCAACCAGAAGUACAAGCGGUAUAUGGAGCAUUGGAAGAUUCUAUAACUACCCUCAAAAUGCAGUUAAAACAGAAAGAUGCAACAAUAAUGCAUUUACAAAAACAACUCGCUCAAAUGGAGGUUAAAGUAAAGGGGUGUCCAAACUGCUCCAAAGUACAAAUUUAGGUUAGAAUGGCUCUUACUCAUUGGGAAUAUUUAAUUUUUGUCAUAUGCCAUAUUAAAGUUUCGGGUUAAUUCCGGUUCGAAGGACCAGGUAACAAGUAACAAACAGGGUUUAAAAUGAAUAUUAUAAGUUUGUAAAAAUAAUUAUAUGUCAAAAUAAGUUUUUGCGAAUAGAAUCUCGAAUAGUUAGGUGUGCAUUACUUAAAAAGCAAAUAUUAAGUUUUUCUAGUGAAUUUGAGCCUUAGAGUAUGCAUUUAUUUUAUUUUUUUUAAUACAUUCGUGAAUAAUUAUUCAUUUAUAUAGUUAAAACUCACCAAAAAAUUUAUUAUUUCGUGAUUUAUUUUUUUACAGUAUAGUAAAGGUGCUAUGUAAGUAUUUUACAUUAAGUUUAAUAAAAUAUGUAACUUAAUGUCCACUAUGUAUUGGUGGGUUACAAAAGCCGGCGCCAUAUAUAGCUCGCUUGUUUUAUUCUUCUUAUUGGCAUCAAACUUUGAAUUUGUAUUCAAAGAUUUGCACUUUGCCUUUUGGUUUUUAACGCAUAUUCAAGCGUAUAAAGUUGUAAAUGCUUAGCCUCCUAUACUCGCGCACGUAUUGGAUCUAAAGACAAAAUCAAUCGUGACCUACACGCCUCGGAAACUGAAGAAAGUUUUUUCAAAUCAUAAUAUUUGCACGAUGCGUCAAUUUUGUUUUCAGCUUUCACAGAAAUGUUCAAAUUUGUAAAGGAUUCUGGCUCUGUCUGGCGCCAAUGUCAGGUUAACCUUGAAAGAUACGUCUACGCGACUUGUCUAUCUGUCAAAAUACUGUUGACAGAAGAGUAUCAUUUCCAUCCAUUCCUUUGUCUCUGAAACUGGUCUAUGAAAAGUAGCAAUAUGGCCAUAUCAGAUGCAUUAAAAUGUGAUGCUGAUUCUAGUUUAACCUAAUGUGUGAACUCGUUCGCAUUGACUUUCCUAAUUCGUACAGUUUACAAGAAUUUUAUUACAACGACGUGUGUUCGUGCUUGCGUUUAUUUCAAUUAUGUCCACAGAAUACAAAAAACUAAACGUGUAGCAUGGAGUACAAAAAAAAAAAUCUAUUGUUUUUAUUUUAUAACGUCAACUAAAUCUUACGUAUUGUUGGGCAAAGAAUAUUUAUGUAGCUGUAUAUAUUUUAUAGCGUGGCUUUUGUUUUGAGCAGUGUUGGUUGAAGUUGUGCACCCGUGGAUUUUCCUUUCUAAGUGCGCAUUAAACACUCGCUCGUACGGUGAAGGAAAGCAUGGUGAGGAAAUCGGAUUAUUUUAGAUAUUUGUUGAAUCCUAUCAUUCAAACAACAAAUCAGUCACCUCAUAGUGGAUGUAAAGUUUGAAUAUUUGUACAAAUAUUGUUAGGAUAAGGUCAUACAAGUGGUCUUUAAACAGUUAAGUAUAUUAUUAAUUAAAAGUAUUUAUUUAUGAGUGGAAAAUAAUUUCGCUAGAUUUUGAAACAACAAUAACAAACAUAGAUUAAACAUAUUUUAAAGUGUUUAAAUACCGAAUUCUAAUAAUAGUUUAAAUGACAUCCAUAGCUUAUAUUUUUGUCAGGAUUAAUAUAUAUACAGUGUUGUGAUAAAUAAACCUAUGUACAAGCAAUAAAGUGCCUUAUAUGUACAAUUUUACUAUGGUUUAAAUGUAGUUUUAAGGUGUUAUAAAAAUAUUAUUACAAUAAUUAUUAAUUUGAUAGUAAUGGAAAACUAUAAGAGUGAUAUCUAUUUAGUAAGUUACGGCAAAAGUAUGUUUAACACGUUGCCGCUUGUCAAAUUAAUUGUUAGAUACAGAAAAUAUUGUCCGUAUUUCGUUACUUUAAUUAGUUUAUCGCUCUAUUCAUAAUUAUUGAUGAAUUUCCAAAAUGUUUAGUAUUUACUACCGUUUAUUACAAUAAAAUUAUUUAAUACA